UAGUCAGUCAGAUUUCUCAAUCAGAGUGGAGAGAGGCGACAGCGGCGUCGGUCAUGGCAUCUCACGGGUCCGGUGCACGUUUAUACGGUUCUCCGUGAACGGCAUGUGAACACACCUCCGUGUUGAGCUGAAGAACAGAACCGGAGUCUCCGGUACCGACCGAACCGGGCGGCGCAUCCAUCGAGUUCUCUGAGGGAAUUUUACGCGACGCCGAUUUCAUUGUGCUAGUUUUUUCUUAGGUUUCUAUGUCAUCGUUGAAAUAUUUCAAACAUGCUUUAGACUUCAUUCAUGAAUUCGGUUUUAAUGGACAAACUGUGGAGAAAUUUUAAUUGACUUUAUAACUUCAUAACACGACGACUUUCCCUCAGAAAAAAUGCUGAAAUUUCACAAUUCUGAUCUAUGGAUUGCUUGGCUGGUCUUCUUUUGUGUGAAUGUGUGUGUGCGUGCGCUGGAAGUGACGGUGAGCCAGAGCAGUGUUCAGGUGGCCCGAGGUCAGGCCGCCGUCCUGCCCUGCACCUUCUCCACGAGCGCUGCGCUCAAUAAUCUCUACAUCAUAUGGAUGGUCACGCCACUGGCCAACGCCAACCAGCCAGAGCAGGUGAUCAUCUAUCAGGGAGGACAGGUCUUCAGUUUAGCCAAUCACAUGAACGGGCGUGUGGGUUUCGUGGCCACUAUGCCCAGCACAAGUGCCUCAAUCUUCAUCAAUAACACACAGCUGUCUGACACCGGGACGUACCAGUGCCUGGUCAAUAACCUCCCGGACCGCGGGGGGCGCAAUAUCGGGGUCAUCGGCCUCACUGUGCUGGUUCCUCCGUCCACCCCGUCCUGUCGUGUUCAGGGUUCUCUGGACGUGGGCAGUGACGUGAUGCUGUUGUGUGGUUCGGACGAGGGCAUCCCGACGCCCACCUACGCCUGGGAGAAGCUGGAGUCGGUGCCCAAACUGCCCCACAAUGCCAUGCAAGACCAGAUGCAGGGUACGGUGACGCUGAGAAACAUCAGCACCAGCACAUCUGGACUGUAUCAGUGUUCGGCGUCGAACGCCAUCGGGAGGAGCACCUGCGUCCUCAACCUGCAGGUCGUGGCCCCGCAGCCUCAGAGCGUGGGUCUGAUCGCAGGAACCGUCGUCACUGGGGUUCUGGCGCUGCUCAUCUGCGCUCUACUGGUGCUGGUCACGCUCUUCUACUGGAGGAACAAGAACAAAUACGAGGAGGAGGAAAUCCCCAACGAGAUCAGGGAGGACGAUCUCCCACCGAAGAGAUCAUCAUCAGUCAAAGCGUUCCAGGCCGACGCCUCGUCCUCGGAGAACGACACGCUCACGUCCACCAACACCUACAACAGCCGCUACUGGCACAACCCCAAACCCAACUACGACACCAACUCCUACACGCGCUACAACGGCGACACGCGGCAGACCUUCACCGGCGGCUCGAACGCCCCCCCGCGCCCCGCGUACGCUAACGGCAGCCACACCCUGCCUCCGCCCAAGACUCUAGUGGUCACGACUAACUCCGCCCCCUCGCCACCCGUCAUGACCCGCAGCAACGGCUCGCUGAGCCUGCGCCCCCCCGUCACCACCACACCGGCGGUGCCGCACGGACAGCAGCACACACACACACACUCGUACGCCGUCAGCCAAGCCACGCUCGAGCGCAUGGGCGCCGUCCCCGUCAUGGUGCCGGCGCAGAGCCGAGCCGGAUCCCUCAUCUGACGCCAACAUUAAAACUCUUUUAUAUAACCUGAGUUCAGCUGAUGCCAACUAAAACUGCUCUGUUAACAUCCCCAACGCCCUUGUUUUUGAUAUUGCCUGGUUGCUUGUUAGUUCAUUUUUUGAUAAACUGGCAGAAAAAAGGGGCCCUUGAGCGACAAAUACACUUAAAAUCACGUGAUCUACUGUAUUUCUCAAACCCAAGAGAAAAUAUCUGAAUGUGCAUGAUGCUUAGUUUGAUUAGAUCAAUACGGCUGUUUUGUACUACAAUUUUAUUGCUUUGAACACUGGAAACACAAAGGAAUAUGUGGAAGCUUGUUUCCGCCACGGUAAUUGCUGUUUUGUACUACAGUUUUAUUGCUUUUGAACACUGGAAUCGCAA